CAAAGUAAUUCCACCAUCUAUCAACUCUGCCUCGUGCCCGAACCAGAGGCUUGCAUACUGCUGCGUCACAAAAAUACAAUGUGCCCUGAUUCCGGACCAAGUCGUUAGGGCAUCGAGACAGUAAGAUUCCCCGUGCCCGAAGCUAAGCCUCGUAUCCGAAGCUACCCAACGGCUCCCACCCCCUUGCACUUAACUUUCCCGCUUGUGCUAUAAUAUUUUAUCAGAGAACAGAGGGGUUUCGUUCUCUAUGUCGCCUUCAUUUUCUCAGCUUGAUCUGCUAAAUGGCCAGGGCAUGGCUCAUAGAUAGCAGGGGGAUUGCGAGGAAAGUAAAAAGUGCUGCUCAUUUUUCUGGCCCACAAAUAAAGGAAUGGUUUGGAGAAGCAAAUAGAGAGUGUCCUAACUGCAAUUACAAAAUUGAUAACAGUGAUGUCUCUCUGGAAUGGCCUGGUCUGCCUGCAGGCGUAAAGUUUGAUCCAUCUGAUGUUGAGCUCUUAGGGCAUUUAGCAGGAAAAGUAGGGUUUGGGGGUUCAACAGCUCAUGCAUUUAUUGAUGAAUUCAUCCCAACCCUUGAGAACGAUGAGGGAAUUUGCUAUACACAUCCCAAAGAUCUUCCAGGCAUAAAAAUGGAUGGAACCAGCAUCCAUUUCUUUCAUAGAACAACCAAUGCCUAUGCCACUGGUAGUCGCAAGCGCCGAAAGAUACACAGGGAAUGCAAUUGGGAUGGAGGUCAUGUGAGGUGGCAUAAAACGGGUACAACCAAAGUUGUCAUUGAGAAUGGGGUUCCAAAAGGCCGGAAAAAAAUAAUGGUACUCUAUAGAAACUCAACAAAGGGGUCAAAACCUGAUAAAACCAACUGGGUUAUGCAUCAGUACCAUCUUGGUCGUAAUGAAGAAGAAAAAGAUGGUGAAUUUGUGGUAUCAAAAGUCUUCUACCAACAACAAAAGCAGUUAGAGAAGUGUGAUUAUGAACCUGCAAGUCAGGAGCCCGAUGCGUCAACAGUCAAAACAAGCCCCAGGACUCCUAAGACAACCACUCCUCACCCACCUCGACCGAGAAAGCCUUCCACAUGUGAAGAAGUCUCAGAAACAAACCUGCAGGUCGAAGAGGUUGAAGAACCUUUACAGCUUAAAUACUUCUACUCAGAAGUUGGAAGACGUUCCACAUGUGAAGAAGUCUCAGAAACAAACCUGCAGGUCGAAGAGGUUGAAGAACCUUUACAGUUGGCAGAUUCAGGAGUUCCUCAUUUAGAUGAUCCCAAUUGCGAAGGAACAAGUGCUGCUUGGUUGGCUGGUGAAUCACAGGCUCCAGAAGACAUUGAUGAAUCCUUGUUCUGUGAUGAAAUACUUGAGCCUUGUCAUUCCCUUGAACCAGGAGUUGAAGGGUCGCACCUUCCUUAUCUCUCGGAAUUUGGUCGAUUUAGCAGUGAAGCUUUAGAGAGAGAAUUUGCUCCAUGCAAUGGAUUAUCAGAGCUUGAAAACAUAGAGCUUGAUACACCACCCGAUAUACAGCUUGGUGAUUUACAGUUUGGUUCCCAAGAAAGCGUGAUGGGUUGGUUGGACCGGCUCUUCAAUGAUAAGCCAUAAGGCUUGGCUCUAAACCAGUCAAAACCAAUUUCGAGUUCUAAAUUUUUACAUUGGUCAUACAUAAGGUCAUCUUGGUAUACUUUCUGUACAUAGGCUGUGGCUUGACAGGGCAACUGUAAUUAAAAUAGGUUUUAAUGUCUACGCUCAAAGGCUUCAACCCAGGUCUGCUGAAAAUCCAAGCUUGCACACUAUAUGUGCUUGGAAGUUGCAGACCUUGCAAGCUCUGAUUAAAGAGCUUGCAGAUAUAAACAUAAAAUUUCAAACGGGUUAAUUCAUAUAUGGGGGUGAUGACACCCAAUUUUGUGAAAGUAUCCAUAUGCUUGGAUGUUGCAGAGCUUGAUAUUGAAAGCUGGUUGGUGCAUGUACGGGAUUAAUUACAACCAAUUUUGUGAAAGUAUGUUUGGUGCUC